UCUUAUAGCAGUGUAUUUAAACAAAACACGGGAAACCAACGUCCGUAAACAGGAAAUACGUCAUGACGUUUCAAAACAAAUAACAACGUUUAGUUCCGUUUUGUUUUAUCAGUUGCAGCGUAACGUUAUGAAGUUUCGAUAAAAUAACGUGAUUUGUAUCGAGAAAUAUACUAUCAGGAACCAAUAGGAACUGUCAAGGUACUGAAUUUUUAUUCCGUUUUUUAAAUAAAAUAUAAAUUACUACAUAAAACUUCUACAUAUAUGUAGUUCGUAAUACGUCAUUUACAGCACGAGAGUCAUCUUACACCCCGGGGUGUAAGAUGGAUUUUUCCAGCACCGGUAAACUUAAAUACCGGAAAUCCCUGUCUGGUAUGCAAGAAAUAUUAAAUACAUCGACACAUUUUCAUUCAAAUCAGUUUUAAGAUAUCAAUAGCGGAUGUCAUUGUGCGUUCUGUUACAUUUAAUGUCCGAAACAAAGCCAAAUUCACCCGUAUUUGCUAAUGUUCUGAAGUUAAGAACAGGUCUGUCCAGUUUUCCAAAUCUUGCAAAACGACAAAUUUGUAAAAUUUUGUCGCAGUGCGACACAUUAAAGCAGAUUGAAUAUAAUUUACAUAAUAAUACGGGUAGUUACUUACGUUCGUCCUCUGAUGUUCAAAGGAAAGCUUUAUUUCAGAAUAUGUCUUGUUAACGGAUGGUACUGAAUCUACAAAUGGCUGACACUUUAACAGAAGAACAAAUUGCAGAGUUCAUGGAGGCGUUCAGUUUAUUUGACAAGGACGGGGAUGGACUGAUCACGACUAAAGAGUUGGGAACUGUGAUGAGAAGCUUGGGUCAAAAUCCCACGGAAGCUGAGCUACAAGACAUGAUUAACGAGGUGGAUGCUGAUGGUAAUGCUUCGGUAGACUUUCCAGAAUUUCUAAAGAUGAUGGCAAAGAAAAUGCGUUCAAAAGAUUCUGACGAAGAGGUUAAAGAGGCUUUUAGGGUAUUUGACAGAGAUGGUGAUGGAUUUAUAAGUGCCACAGAAUUGCGUCACGUAAUGACAAAUCUGGGGGAAAAACUCACAGAUGAAGAAGUCGACGAGAUGAUACGAGAAGCAGACGUUGACAACGAUGGUAAAGUAGAUUAUGACGAAUUUGUGAAGAUGAUGAUGUCUGUGAAAUGAACUACCUUUGCAGCUUUUUGUCUGUACAUACAAGUUAAGAUUUAUGUAUAAACGUACAAUAGACACAUUCGUUUGUUGAUUUUUACUUUUACGUUGCUGCAUUAAUUAAAUGACCGCAAGAUGAGCUCGUGUUACCUUACAAACAAAGACGGUUUACUGAAUGUAUUAUAAUUUAUAUUCAAGAUCUGCUUAAUCUGUUUGACAGCGAUAUUAGUGUUAAACACAGGACUUAAUAAAACCGAGAGAAGACGAGAAUGUUCUUAUUUGAAGUUGUGAAAAGGAUACAUUAAGUUUAGAAAAGUCACAUUUAGUUUUAAAGCAAAAUUUUGUUUUAGACAUGCGGAUUAAUUUUUACCAUGAACGUUUUCACACUGGUCACAACUUUAUCAGAUCAGGAGGUUUCAAUGUUGUUUGGGAGGUGAAUUUUCCGCAGGACGAUUAGAUGAAAUGGCACAUGACCAGUCUUACGAGCAAUUCUUUCCUAUUAUAUAUAUAAAUUAAAUGAAAAUGAUUGGUGCACCUUGAGAGUAAAUGAGUCCAUCCAAAAGUAAAAUAAAAUAGAUAAAUAGCUCAAUAAUAUACAUGAUUGUAUAUUACUUGAUAGUGUCAAAUCUGCAAAUUUUAAGUUCGGGUACUUGUUUGAUUAAUUUGGGCUCCAUAUUAUCCAUUUUUCUUAUAAAGUAUAUUUUAAAUUGUGAUUCAAUAUUUUAUACUUUGCGCAUAUUUAACUAACUUUUGUUGUUGUUGUUUUAAUUGGGAGUUUAAUCUGCUUACCUUUAAUUAAAACACUAUGCAUCUUAUUACAGUAAUGUAAUUUUAAAUUCAUUAUAUGAUACACGUGUUGUAAUUCAAUUACCCUUUUUAUUGAACAUUAUAUAGAUGCUUUUAUGUAAAGCACUUUUGAACUUAUUUUUAUAU